GCACUUUGUCAACCUCCCCGCUCCGCCGUCGUCUUGUCGAGGCUGGCUGAGCUGUAGCUGCUUACCGCUGUGUUUUUUUCCCGGAUGAAGAUGGCUGCUGGUCCCCUCUCUGUAUCUUCCAAUGCGUCCACUAACAACGAUGGCAUUCUCAUUGGCGACAAAGUCUACUCGGAGGUGUACCUUACGAUAGAUAACUCGCUAAUACCGGAGGAACGACUCUCUCCGACACCGUCGAUGCUUGACGGCCUCGACCUGAACACGGAGAGCGACCUUCGCAUCCUAGGAUGUGAAUUGAUUCAGUCUGCGGGUAUUCUUCUCCGGCUGCCCCAGGUGGCUAUGGCAACGGGGCAGGUGCUUUUCCAUCGUUUUUUCUACUCCAAGUCCUUCGUUAAGCAUAGCUUUGAGAUUGUUGCUAUGGCGUGCAUCAACCUGGCCUCCAAGAUCGAGGAAGCGCCCCGACGAAUACGAGAUGUCAUCAAUGUUUUCCAUCACCUGAGACAAAUCAGAGGCAAAAAGACUCCAAGUUCAUUGAUACUUGAUCAGAACUACAUAAACACGAAAAACCAAGUCAUCAAAGCAGAGCGGCGGGUCCUGAAGGAACUGGGCUUCUGUGUACAUGUCAAGCAUCCACACAAGAUCAUCGUCAUGUACCUUCAAGUCCUGGAAUGUGAGAAGAACCAGACGUUGGUCCAGACGGCCUGGAACUACAUGAAUGAUACCCUGCGGACGAAUGUGUUUGUGAGGUUCCAAGCGGAGACCAUUGCCUGUGCCUGCAUAUACCUCGCAGCCCGAGCCCUACAGAUACCUCUGCCAUCCAGACCAAAUUGGUACCUGCUGUUUGGAGCCAGUGAAGAUGAGAUUAAAGACAUCUGCAUCACCACCCUUAAGCUCUACACCAGGAAGAAGCCCAACUAUGAGCAGCUGGAGAAGGAGGUGGAGCGAAGGAAGGUGUUUUUGGCGGAGAUCAAGCUCAAGGCCAAGGGCCUGAACCCUGAUGGUACCCCUGCACUCUCCACACUGGGUGGCUUCUCUCCGGCUUCAAAGCCCUCCUCUCCAAAUGUGGUCAAGGUGGAAGAGAAGUCUCCAAACCCACAGUCCCUCAAACCAGUCAAGAAGGAGCCAGAUAGCCGGAAUCAGCUCAGCAAGAGUCCUCACAACGGGUUAAGGAAAGAUGUAAAGAUGGGGAGGAACAGUAGGAGUGGAAGUCGUUCUCGUUCAAGAACACGUUCACGGUCGAGAUCCCGUUCUCCUCGCAGACAUUACAACAGCAGACGCAGUCGCUCAGGGACAUACAGUUCUCGCUCGCGUUCACGCUCCCACAGUCGCAGCCAAUCACCUCGACGACAUCAGCCCUCACCCCUUCUCCCCCACCUCAAGUCCAAGUCCAGCCACCAUGGCAAUAGCGACUCCAAGCCCAGUGGACGUCACAGCAACAGUGGUGGAGGCUCUGGGCACAAGAGGAAGCGCUCACGCUCUCGGUCACGAUCCCGUACUCCGGUUAAAGCUGACAGGGAGCGGGACAGAGAGAGAGAACGGGAGAGAGACAGAGACCGCAGCUCCUUUGACCUGUCCUCAAAGAAACACAAGCAUGAGCGAAGCAGUGGUCACCGAGGAGACAGGAGGGAGAGGUCUCGGUCCUACGACAGGGACAGAGAGAGAGAUCGCAGCCACAAGAGCAAACACCACGGCAGUAGUGGACACUCAGGACAUGGCCGUCACCGGCGCUGAGACAAACCAAUAGACUAGCUCUGGGGCUGAUGUCACACAACAAGUGUUUUCAUUAUAUGUAAAACAAAAUCAAGUUGGACUUGUUCUCUGAAGGAUAUGUUUGACACGGAUCAGUGUAUGACUUUAUUAAAUGCCAGCUGGAGUCAUGUCAGCUGUUGCACGACACAUCUGGUAAAUAAUUGUACUGCACUUACUAUGAAAAUUAACCAAAUAUCUUUCUGCAGUCUGUUAGGUGACAUUGUUGACAAGUCUCUUGUUGGAGACCAGUAUUUUCAAAUAUGUCAACGCGCUAAACACUGGCUGUAGCCAACGACUGCAUGUCAGACAUCACUGAGAGAACCUGUCAAGUUUGGUUGAAAUUCAUUUUUAUUUAUUUCAUACCUCAUUCCUACACAAUUUUGUUUCUGGAUUUCUUGAUUGCAUCCUGGACUGACCAAACUGACAUUUAGUGUCUUAUUACUUAAGUUUUGUCAAAAUUAAAUUGUGUUUUGUCCCAGUGAAAAUAAUGUAACUGGGGAAACUGGCUUUAAAGCUACAUGUGAUGUCUUAGUGAUACGUUGCUUUGAGGCUCAUGUAGCUGAUAUUUGACAGGUCCUUGAUUGUUUUGCAUUUGAGGAACCCAGAAUGCAGCAGUAACUUGUCUGUUAGUAGGUUAAUUUGUGUGGAGUUGUUUUUUUUUUUUAUUAAGCUGGUCAGACAUGAUCAGUAUGUGAGGGAAAGCACCAGUGAAGUGUGACAUCAGCCCUUGACUUGUCCUCUUAUUGUCCACGUCGUUCAUACACACCUACCAACCAGCUAGCCUACUCAUGUGUUCUUGGUUUUAUAUGUAAAGUUAUGGACAUGGGGGGGAAAAGGAACUUAUUUACAGUGUAAAGAUGGAUUCAUAUCCACUGACAAGAUGUGAACGCUUUGAUUUAUAAAAGCAAACUGCUCAGUGGAAGUGUUGAAUAAGUGUAAAAUAAAAUGUCAUUCAGGAAAGAUCAAUAUGUUUGCACAUUAAGGGACUGACAGAUGAGUGGUUUUUCUUUUUAUUUUACAAGUCUAUGUUGCUAAAGCUGUAUCUUGUACAGUUUCAAACAAGAGGUUAUAGACUUCAGUUUUUCCUUUCAGAUUUUUUUUUUUUUUUUCCCCCAGCAGAGAACGCAGACUUGAUUAUAAAAUAUUUUAGGGUUGUAAUUUUGUUACACUGGUUUUUAGUCUGCAUGUCUUCAUGUCCAAUUUUUAUUCAGUAAUAAAUGAGUUAUGCCACUGAACUGUACACUUCAUUAAAUUGGUGCCUGUUGUAAUAAAAUUAGUCAUUCUG